GAAAACUCAAAGAGAAACACAUUUUGAGAGAAAGAAAGAGAAAGGUAGAAGAUGAAGUUACAGGAGGGUGUGUCCUUGGUGGCUAUUUUCUUCUCCCUUGCAUAUACGCAGCUGGUUAAGGGGCAACAUCAACCUCGCGAUGAUUGCCAGACUAAAUGUGGCAACAUCACAAUCGAGUACCCUUUUGGCAUUUCUUCUGGUUGUUACUAUCCCGGAGAUGAUAGUUUCAAUCUCACCUGCGACGAGAAAGAGAAGCUCUUCAUAGGCAUCAACGUCGAAGUGGUGAACUUUAAUGACAGCGCCCAGCUAAGUGUUCUGUUCUACCGAUUUUCUGAAUGCAUCGACGAGCAGAGUAAUGAGACUAAUGGAACUGCCCUCGAGUAUCAGCUGGGUAGUAGUUUCUCUUUCUCCUCCAAGAACAAAUUUACUUUAGUAGGCUGUAACGCUUUAGCACUUCUGAGCACUUUUGGGAAGCAAAACUACUCAACUGGAUGCUUGUCAUUAUGCGAUUCUCAACCAGAGGCAAAUGAAAUACGUAAUGGUGUAGGUUUCUGCCAAACAGACGUCUUUGAUGGCUAUAAAGUCCAAUUUGGCUCAGCUCGCUUAGCAAACCAAAUUAAUAAUUCCGUAGUUAAUACUUCGGUAUAUCAAUUUAAUCCUUGCACCUACGCUUUUCUCGUUGAAGACGGUAAGUUUGACUUCUCUCCUACGGAAGAUCUUAGGGAUCUGCGGAAUGUCACAGAUUUCCCUGUGGCACUGGAUUGGUCUAUUGGAAACCAGACAUGCGAGCAAGCUGGAAGCACAAGCAUAUGUGGUGGGAACAGCACAUGUUUUGAUUCUACUACUAGGCCCGGAUAUGUCUGCAAAUGUAAAGGCGGUUACCAUGGGAACCCCUACCAUCCAGACGGUUGCCAAGAUUCAAUUUUGGAAAUUUAGUAGCUUUAUAAAAUGGGUAGUAGAGUAAGCCUCUUGAAUUGAAGUUUACACAGAAUAAUGUUUUUGCCUGUAAGGUGUUUGACGAAAUUCCUCUGAGAACAUUAUCUAGUAGACAAGCUUUUAAGGAGCCUUUGAUGCUUUAUUUUGUGUGUAUUUUGUAGAAGCAAACGUAGUAGACAGAACUGCAAUUUAUCAAUAAUUAUUUCAUGGUAAC